GAAAAGGUGGAUGAAUGAUGAAUCACUUCAUGGUUCUGGCAGUACUGCUUCCUCUGAGGACUUGCUACUCUACAUACUCAGAGCAAGAAUCCAUUGUGUUUCCAGUAACUUACCUUAACGUUUCCAAGGAUUUGGCUUUUCAGCGGCUGCUAGUGGAAUGGGAUGUUGGCAAGUCAGCACAUGAUGCUGAGCUGGCAAUGUCUUUUGAAAUACAAGUCCGUCGAACAGAUGAAACUAGUACUAUGUGGACAGAGUUUCAUAAUGCCACACUUGACAAAUCAGGAAAGCCUCUUCAUUGGAUAUGGGAUUCAGACAUACCUUUGGAAUGUAUGGCACACUCAGUGAGAAUCAGGAGCAAAGCAAAAGCAUCAAAAAUCUGGAGUCAGUGGAGUCUGUGGGAGACUGUGCUAGGCUUGGACACUUCAAAUAACAGUGGACCACAAAUCUUUCCAAAUGAGAAAAUUGUAGAGGAAGGCUCUGACUUCACUCUUUGUUGCCUUGGAAGGAAAGGUCAAACCCUUAAGGAAUUCUUUCUAGUCCCAGCUGUUCAUGUUUUCAAUCACACAUACAGUCAAGUCAGACUUCUCACUCUGAAAAAUGUGUCACAUCAAGGAGUGCCUCACAUCACCGUCUACUGUCAAGAGUCUUGCAAUGAGGAGCAAUGCUAUGAUCAUGCAGUUUUCUUUGUGGGUAAAUCACCUCAUGCACCUAAUGAUUUUUCCUGCCAAACUCAAGACAUGAGAAGAGUAACAUGUACUUGGAGCCAGGGAGGAGACACAUAUCUUUAUGGACAUUAUUCACCAAAAUACACCUUGUAUGAAGAGUUUUCCCAAAAUAAGGUGCCAUGCACAGUAAGUUGUUCUGAGCAGUGCUCAUGUUCUUGGGAUAUAGGCCAGCAGAGGAUCCUGAAAAUCACCAUGACUGUGGAAAACCCACUGGGAAAGAAAACUACCACAGAUGUUUUUGAUGUAACUCACAGAAUUUAUCCUGCCGCACCUUUGCAGCUGUGGGAAGAAUGCACAGAUACCAAAAUCACAUUACAUUGGAAACAUCAAAACAAAGGAAUUGAACUCUUUUGUCAGACUGAAGUGCUCCUACCUGAUGGGAAAGUAGAACUGCAUAAUAGUUCAGGCACACACUUUCAUUAUGCCUCGCCCAGCAUCACCGUGGAUGGACUGCAGCCAUACACUGAAUACACAACUAGAGUGCACUGUGGGGCAGCUAAGCAUUUCUGGAAGUGGAGUGAAUGGAGUGAAGCCCGAACCAUCAGAACAAAGGAAGCAACUCCAUCAGGGAAACUGGAUAUCUGGAGAGAAAUUACACCAGUUCAGGGGGGGCGGAAUGUGACCUUGUUCUGGAAGCAAGCACCAAGUUUUCAAGCAAAUGGAGAAAAUAUUUCAUAUGAAGUAACCUGGGAAAAAGUAGAAGAUUGUUCUAAGUCUGAAAGCACCUCCUUUUCAUCAGCCUACAAUAGCACAAGGAUUUCCAUUGAUAACCAUUCUUACAGAAUGAGUAUCACAGCAAAGAACAAUGUAAAUUAUUCACUUCCCUCCAUAUUGAUAAUCCCUAGCUCUACAGAUACCCAAGAGCUUAAAGAAGAACAGGUUAAUGGUACAGAUGAUGGCAUUUUUAUUACCUGGGAGCCCAGACAUAUAUACGACAAUUAUAUUGUCGAUUGGUGUAACUUUCCAAUGUUGCAGCCUUGUGAUUUGCAGUGGAAGAGAUUUGGGCCCAACACUUCCAGUGCUCUGAUCAACUCAGCUGCUUUUAUUCCAGGGGUGAGAUACAACUUCCAAAUCUAUGGAUCUGUUGCUAAUAAAGCAUCCUUACUGGAGAAGAAGACUGGUUUUCUCAGGGAGCUACCUCCUCUGCUUGACCCUGUUGUGGAAAAAAUUGAACUGACUUUCAAUGCAGUAACACUAUCUUGGGAUUCUUAUCCCACAAACGGAUCACAGUCUGGUUUUAUAAGAGGCUACCACGUUUAUGUGUCACCUCUAAAAGAGGACUGCAGUUUGAAAGGAUCCCAAAAACAUGUUCUGCCAGAUGAUUCAGUGCUAUGUAAAUAUACAAUUGAAAAUCCAGAAGAAAAGAGAUACACUGUGAAACACCUAUUGUCAAACACAAAAUACAAACUCGUAGUUAAAGCAUAUACAGAUGGAGGAGAGACUCCCAUUGUAAACUUUAUAUACAUAGAUACACCGCUUAACUCCAACAUGCUGUACCUCCUAGUCCUGCUAGUGGUAGUUCCUGCACUAGUAGCAGCCAUAUGCCGCUGGAAGAUGAAGUGGGUGAAGGAAUGCUGCUGUCCUGUAAUACCUAGUCCUAACAAGAGCAAAGUGCUGUCAUUCCAAGAGUUUAAGAUCGGUUCUGAGAAAGUACUGAAAAUAAGUGACUGCAUUCCUGACAUGCUAGCAGUGGACAGUAAGGCUGAAGCCCAGAAGUUACAUCCUUGGAGCCAGCUGCCUUCAGUGACAACCGACAAUAACACUGAUGAUCACAAUUCUUCCUACAUUUACCUUAAUGGAAAUGAAGAGAGAGACUUUACACCCACACCUACACCUCAGACUCAUACUUGGUUUGAAAAUUUUGCUUAUUCUUCUCAUCUUGCGGUUGAAUCUGGUCCCUAUCAACCACCAGAGACAACAGAAGCAAGCAAGCCAGAACAGUCAGUGAUGCUGUACCAGCCACACUACUACUUUGCCAUUUGUAAGGAAGAUGCUGCCUCAACGCCCCAAGAAACAGCUGGCAGAAAGACCAGCCUGAGAUAUGUUUCGCAAACAGAUGUGCACUGCCUAGGGAGGAAGCUUUGA